AUGCUUGGGUCCCUGUGCCCUAGGAUCAGGCUGGGGUUUGUCCUUCUCACCCUCGUCCUGGUAGCUGCUCGUCCUCGGUCUCAGAGGUAUCAGCCCUCCCCCAUUCCUGAAGAGUUAGACACCAUGGAGCUCCCCAAUGGCCUGGUGGAUGAUUAUGGGAUCCUUCCUAAGCACCCAGGACAUCGAAUGGUCCGCUCCUCCCUCUCGAGAGCCCAGAAGCGCAAGCGGGAUGGGCCAGAUUUGUCUGAGUACUACUAUGAUGCCCACCAGUAA